AUGACACGUUCUUCACCUAUAUCAUUAAGCUUUACGUUAUCUGUAUUAACUAUUUUAUUAUCUAUUAAUGUUUACUCAGUUCACAGUUGCUCAAAGACCGUUAAUGUCCCUCAACAAAAUGUUAUAAAUAAUCAAAAUAAUAAAGAGAACAAGCAAAAGAAGAAUGAAGUAAUAUCCGAACGAAGGCCUGAUUGCAAUGAGAACAUUGAGAGGAAAAUAGAAAAUUUGAAUGAAAUAUUCUCAAGUGCUCUAUUCGGGCAACACAUUGCCGUUUCCACGAUUCCCACCCUCAUUCAGUCACACAUGGAGAAUAGGCAGCCAAGAAAAAGUUUGGUUUUGUCCCUUUACGGAUCAUCUGGAGUUGGAAAGACAUACACGGCAAUGACGAUUAUGAAGGUUUUCAAUACCGAAAUGAACAAUGUUCAGUAUUUCCACGCAGCCACUUUAUCUCGAAAGAGCUUAGAAGAACAAAUAAGUUUAAUAACUUCAACAAUUGAAAAAACAACCUCAAAAUGUGCAAAAUCAAUUUUCAUUUUUGAUGAAUUAGACUUAUUGGAUAGUAAGCUGAUAGAUUCGCUCUUCCCUUAUCUAGAUUACCAGGAAAGCAAGGAUAGUAUUGACUAUCGAGGAACAACAUUCAUAUUCAUUGGAAAAGAAGCUGGUACGGUGAUAAAUGAUUUAGUUAUUAGUCAUACAAAGAAAAAAGAAAAUUCUCGUGAAAGUUUGCAAUUGAUUGAGUUUGAGAAGUCAAUAACGAAUGCCAUAUUCAAUGCUCAAGGAGGAUUCUAUCGUUCAUUAAUUAUUCAAAAUGGUUUAAUUGAUAUAUUUGUUCCAUUUUUACCAUUAGAACGACAACAUAUUAUGGAAUGUAUUAAAUAUUAUUUGGAAACGAUAAAUAAAAAACAUUUGGUAAACAACAGUCAAAUGAUUGAUGAAAUAGCUGACUCUCUACAGUAUUUCAAACAUAUUUAUGCUAGUACUGGAUGUAAGAAAGUUUCUGCAAGAACUGAUUUAAUUAUCAGAAAUCAAGAGUUAAAGCUGGAUUUGUAA